UCCGCUCACUAAGCUAAACAGAAGCUAGCUCAAUGCUCUAGUUUUUGGGAAUGCACGAAACUUUAAGUAGUUUUUUCUCAUUAAAACAACUCGUCUGAAGCCAUGGCAGCUAUAAAAGACGGAGAGUUCACGGCUACCAUCUACAAACUGAUUAAAGACAGCCAGUAUGUGGAAGCUAUUCACAUCCUGAACGGACAACUACAAAAACACACGAAGUCCAGGGCAGCGCUGUCUCUGCUGGGUUUCUGCUACUAUCACAUCCAGGAUUUCACCAACUCUGCAGAGUGCUACGAGCAGCUCACCCAGCUGCACCCAGAGGUGGAGGAGUACAAGGUGUACUACGCCCAGUCCCUCUACAAAGCCGGUGCUUAUCCUGAGGCCACAAAGGCCUCUUUCGUUCUCGACAACCCAAGCAGUCACGUGAAGAUGGUGAAGCUGCAAGCCUGUAUCAAAUACUGUGAGGAAGAUUACUCCGCGGCCAAGUCUCUGCUGGAGCAGCUGCCUCAGGAAGACCCGGACUACGUCUACAAUAUGGGCUGUUUGCUUUACCAGGACGGCAAGUACGAGGAGGCCUGCAAGAAGUUCUCGUCUGCCAUGCAAGUGCUGGGAUACGUGCCAGCGUUGUCCUACAACAUCGCCCUGUGUUACUACAACCUGAAGAACUACCCUCAGGCCCUCAAGUUCAUCGGAGAGAUCAUUGAGCAAGGCAUCAGAGAACAUCCAGAGCUGAGCGUUGGUUUGACGACGGAGGGCAUUGACGUCCACAGCGUUGGCAACACGCUGGUGCUGCAUCAGACCGCUCUGAUCGAGGCCUUCAACCUCAAAGCUGCCAUCGAAUACCAGCUGAAGAACGUGAAAGGAGCUCAGGAAGCUUUGACCGACAUGCCCCCCCGAUCAGAGGAGGAGCUGGACCCAGUGACCCUCCACAACCAGGCUCUGGUGAACAUGGACACGAAGCCGUCGGAGGGUUUUGAGAAGCUGGCCUUCCUGCUGCAGCAGCCCUCCUUCCCCCCCGUCACCUUCGGAAACCUGCUGCUGCUCUACUGCAAACACGAGUACUUUGACCUGGCAGCUGACGUUCUGGCAGAAAACGCACAUCUCACCUACAAGUUCCUCUCGCCGUACAUGUAUGAGUUCCUUGAUGCCUUGCUAACCUGCCAGACGGCACCAGAGGAGGCUUUUAGGAAGUUUGAUGAGAUGAACGGCAAACUGACGGAGCAGUUAAGGAAGCUGGCCAAGCAGGUGCAGGAGGCCCGGCUGGCUCGAGACGAUGAAGCUCAGAAGAAAGCUCUGCAGGAAAACGACCUGAUGCAGGAGAAGUACAUCGUGGUCCUGAUGGCCCAGGCCAAGAUCUACUGGAACCGGGAGAACUUCCAGAUGGUGGAGAAGAUUUUCCGCAAGUCGGUGGAGGUCUGCAACGAGGACGAUACCUGGAAGCUGAACGUGGCCCACGUGCUCUUCAUGCAGAACAAGUACAAGGAGGCCAUCGGCUUCUACGAGCCCAUCGUCAAGAAGCACUACGAUAACAUCCUGAAUGUGAGCGCUGUGGUCCUGGCCAACCUGUGUGUGUCCUACAUCCUGACCAGCCAGAAUGAGGAGGCGGAGGAGCUGAUGAGGAAGAUCGAGAAAGAGGAGGAGCAAAUCUCCUACGACGACCCCGACCAGAAGGUCUUCCACCUCUGCAUCGUCAACCUGGUCAUCGGGACACUGUACUGCGCCAAGGGGAACUACGACUUUGGCAUCUCUCGAGUCAUCAAGAGCCUGGAGCCGUACAACAAGAAGCUGGGGACGGACACAUGGUUCUACGCCAAGCGCUGUUUCCUGUCUCUGCUGGAGAACAUGUCCAAACACAUGGUCAUGCUGAGAGACGCCGUGGUUCAGGAGUGUAUCCAGUUCCUGGAGCACUGCGAGGCGUACGGUAAGGAGGUUCCCGCCAUCAUCGAGCAGCCGCUGGAGGAGACACACGUCCACAUCGGCAAGAACACCGUCACCUACGAGGCCCGGCUGCUGAAGGCGCUGUUCUACGAGGUCAUUGGCUGGAACAAGUGACAUCAUCAUCACACAGUGGUGACAUCACAAACUGCAGCCAGAGAUGGCAUUUUGUCAAUGUCUUUGAUUUACAGGAGGAUUGAACUUGGCUGGGAUCAAAAGAUGGACAACACACAUAAUCAGACCUGCUGUGCAAGGUUUAUAUUUCUGGACAACAAAAACAUUUCCAGGUUCUGACUUCCUCCGGGAAGCUUUUGGACUUUCUGUGUCUCUUGUCAACACACACACACCCCCAGAGGGGAAGCUUUUAUUUUGAAGGGGAGUUGAGCUGGCUCCAGGAGAUCUUACAUAAUAAGUUUGUGUUCUUUCUCUCUUUAUGGCCUCUUGCUCCACUUCACAGACUCUCAACAGUAUGCAGAGAUGAUUUUACAUUUAUAAUAAUAAUAAAUAUAUUAUAAAGAGGAUAAUGUGUGUAAAUACAGCAGACUAAAAUAGUUUUACUGGUUGUUUAUUCAGCUAAUAUGAAAUACAUGAUGACAUUUUUUUAUGUGAGUUCAUCUACAGACAUUCAUAGUUCAUGCAUAUAUCCUCUUUGGUCUUUGUACAGCUGCCUCCUGACCCUCUACUGUAGCUUUAUAUUCAGGAGAUAAACCAUAAUUUAAAGGAAAUAAAGAAGUUAUUUUGGGGAAAAAACAGUAUCGGCUUAUUAUGAUGUGUUAGUUAAAGGCUAUAUAAUGAUGCUCAAAUCAGGCUUUAAACGGCAGAUAUUAUUAACCUGUUUUUAAG